AUUUUCUUCUAAUGUUUGUGCUUCUUUUUCAUGGACCCAUUUGGUUUUUUCACUUACAUUUUCUUGAUGCCAGAGCUGACCCUCCUCUUCCUUCCCUUUGUGCUCCUGUUUUUUCACCAUCAGCUCCACCCAUUUCUCCAAUUUCUGCGUCAAUGGCAGCCUUCUCACCAGGGAUUCAACUGGGAAGUGAAAAGCAUCACAUGGAUUCAAACAAGAAAUUUCUUAUAGCACUCAUUGUUGCUUCCACUGCACUUGGAGCAAUCAUCUUGUCUUUGUUUUGUUUCUGGAUUUAUCAUAGAAAGAACUUCCUCAAAUCCAAGAACAGUGAUCAUAGCUCAGAUGCUGUGAAAGGGCUUUCAUUGCGUCCAUUUAUGGGAAAAUAUAGUUCAUUGAGGACUUCUUGUAAAAAGGGAUCUGUAACUUUAAUGGAUUACAAGUUACUAGAAACGGCAACAAACAAUUUUAGGGAAAGUGAUAUUUUGGGUGAGGGUGGAUUUGGAUGUGUGUACAAAGCUAGAUUGGAUGACAACAUCCAGGUAGCUGUGAAGAGGCUUGAUGAUGGAAGCCAGGAUGCCAUAAAGGAGUUUGAGACAGAAGUGGAUUUGUUGAGUAAAAUUCAGCAUCCGAAUAUAAUUUCCCUGCUGGGGUAUUGCAUUAACGGGGAAAAAAGGCUUCUUGUUUAUGAAUUGAUGCAGAAUAGAUCUCUGGAAACUCAAUUGCAUGGACCUUCUCGUGGAUCAGCGUUAACUUGGCAUCUUCGGAUGAAAAUUGCUCUUGAUACAGCAAGAGGAUUAGAAUAUUUGCAUGAGCACUGCAACCCAACAGUGAUCCAUAGAGAUCUGAAAUCAUCUAAUAUUCUUCUAGAUUCCAGCUUCAAUGCCAAGCUUUCGGAUUUUGGUCUUGCCGUAACUGAUGGAUCUCAGAACAAAAACAACAUCAAACUUUCAGGAACCCUUGGUUAUGUAGCCCCAGAGUACCUCUUAGACGGUACAUUAACGGAUAAAAGUGACGUCUAUGCUUUUGGCGUUGUGCUUUUAGAGCUUUUACUGGGAAGAAAACCUGUGGAGAAAAUGGCACCAGCUCAAUGCCAGUCUAUUGUCACAUGGGCCAUGCCUCAGCUCAUAGAUAGAUCAAAGCUUCCGACUAUUGUCGAUCCUGUGAUUGGAAAUACAAUGGAUUUGAAGCACUUAUACCAAGUUGCUGCUGUAGCUGUACUAUGCGUGCAACCAGAACCAAGCUACCGUCCAUUGAUAACAGACGUAUUGCAUUCUCUUAUACCCCUUGUUCCUGUUGAGCUCGGUGGAACUCUCAGAGUGACGCAACAUUUGCUCUCCGUGGCCACAGUGCCGUCCAAUAGUUGAUUCUAUCAACAUAAGUUAACAUUGCUGACCUGCUACACUUUUUUGGUCUGUCCAUGCUUGGAUCACAUUCUAUACAAAUACCAUUUCUGUGCUUCCUCGGACUUGAUUGAUUAUUUCUUCGGGUAGUCAAUCACUUUGGUUGCGUGGGUCAAGGGAUGCUGGCAUCGGUAGGGUGGAAGACUAAUCACCCUCAUAAACUGAAGCAAAUGACAGGUGAUUUUUCCGGAGAUUUAGUUGUGUAUAUAAAGGUCAGUGAGACAAACACUGGGCUAAUUUGCCAGCAUAAGUUUCCUUUAUGUCAUCGUUCUUCAGCUAAUGAAUAAACUAUAAAGGGAAC